UUCCCUUAACCGAUCGAUUCACUUCCCGUCCCAUCACUCUUCGUUAUAAGUGCACACAAGAUAGUUGUAACGUGCGUCUCUCCAGUUCUUGUUAGGGUUUUACGCUUGUUGCCAGACGGUUCCAUUUCUUCCCGCUCGCUCACAAUAACCAAUGCCAUAUCAGAAAACCUAACAAUCUUCCACAAACUUCCCAACUCUCAUUCCAUCAAUUCUCACUUUCGUAACCGUUUCGCUUUCUGAAUUUCAUUUUCAGACGAAGAAUCUGUCGAACCAUCCAACUAUGGUAGAAGAUGCAAAUGACAAGGAUCCUGAAUUCAAAUGGGGAAAACAUAAAUGCUUCGGUGGCAAAAAAAGGGAAGUUAAUUUCUACGAAUCGUUUACUUACGAUGGUGUUCAUUACACUCUUUACGAUUCUGUUUAUCUUUACAAAGAAGGUGAACGUGAACCGUUUAUUGGCAAAGUAAUCAAAAUUUGGGAAAAUGCUAAUAAGAGUAAGAAAGUUAAGAUUCUAUGGUUUUUUCGUCCAUGUGAGAUUUUUAAUUUCUUGCAAGGGUACGAGCCUGUUGAAAAUGAGUUGUUUUUGGCUUCUGGUGAAGGAUUAGGGCUUACAAAUAUCAAUCCUCUGGAAGCUAUUGCUGGAAAAUGCAAUGUUGUUUGCAUUUCAAAGGACAACAGAAAUCCACCUCCACCAGACAAAGAUCUUCAAAAUGCCGAUUUUGUAUGCUAUCGUUUCUUUGAUGUUGGGCAGCAUAAAAUAUUGGACAAGGUAGAUGAUAAGAUUGCUGGAAUUGAAGUUAAAAAUAUUUUUAACAAUUUAUAUAGUCAAAAGCUUGGCGGUUUUUCGAAACUUGGUUUAGAUGAGAAACAAGUUGGCGUGAAAGUCACGGAAAGUAAUGAAGCGGUGGCUCUUUCAAGUAAAAAAAACAAUAAGCAUUUGAUUGAAAAACUAGAUGGCAAGUGUUUUGAUAAUGUUGAUUUUAAGCCAUCAUUGGGAGAAAAACGUACCUCUAGCCUUGGUUUAAAGGACACUAGUAAAUCGAAUGGUGGUUUGCACUCUAUUUCCCGUGACAAGACCUUGCCUCAAGCCAAAGAGAAAGAGAAUGGGGUUAACAAGGCUUCUUUGGUUAAACAAAAAUCAUCUUCCAAACUAUCACAUUGCUCUAGCGAUGGUUUGGAAAUCGUAGGAAUGUCUAAAAUUGGAGGAAAUGUCUCCAUUGAUAAGACCGUUUUGAAGUCCAAGUUUGAUUCAGAAAUGGGCGGACGUAAUGUUGUUGGGGUCUCCGAUCGACACAUCAACAAGCGAUUGGGGGAGGGCAACACCUCUGAGAAGGAUAAGUACAAUUUUUCUAGUGCAAAGACGACAAAUAAUGUUAAAAAUCGAAGGGAUGUCGAUGUGAAGGAAGUCCCUUCAAAAAAGCUAAAGAUUGACACAACGUCAGUUAAACUCUCUAGUGACAAGUUGGCCGACAUGCAAAUUAACAAGCGAUUGGAGGAGAGAAAGGCUUCUUUUAAAGAAAAAUAUGGCGUUUCUAGUAGGACAAAUCAUGUGCAAAAUCAAAGGAACCAUGAUGAUGAUGUGAAGGAAGCCCCUUCGAAAAAGCUAAAGAUUGACACAAUGCAUACUAAACUCUCUAGUGGCAAGUUGCGUAAAGAAUCGUCUACAACCUCUCCAAACUUGGAGCACAAGCAAGAUUACAGUGUAACGGAUGUUACUCAAAGACCUGACGUUGAUAGAAGCAAAUGGUUUAAGCCAAUGCCUUGGGAGGAAAGAAUGAAAGAUGCUUAUGAGCAAGGGAGACUUGUGCUGCUUGAAAAUUUGGAUCCUUCUUUAACUUCAUCAGAAGUGCAGGAUAUUAUUUUGGAUGGCUUUAAAGAACGAUGUACUGCAAAGCUGAUCCAGAAGACCGCAUAUUCUAGUCCUAAUUCUGGUCAAGCUUUUGCUAUAUUUAAAAGAAAGGAAGCAGCAGAAUCUGUCAUUAGAAAUUUGGAGGAGGGGUGUUUCUUGAUGUCAAAUGGGCGCCCACUUGUGGGAAGCUUUGGAAGACUCCCUUGCAUUCCGGAGAAGAAGCCGACAUUUUAUGGUCAUCAUGUUAUUGACCAACUUCGAUUGCAAACACAACGUGAGAUGAAAGAUGCAAUAUCUACUUCACAUUGUUCUCAGCCCAACAACAUUGAAUAUGAUAUGGCUGUAGAGUGGUGUUUACUACAAGAAAGAGCGGACAAAUCUUGGAGAAAAUUAUAUCAGCGACAAGGUGGGGAGUUGAGCAAACUCAAAGCUAAGUUGAAGUCUAAACUCUAAACGAUUUCCAUUGACCCUUCUAUUUUGUUGAACGACACUGACUUUGUUCACCUAGGUUGUGGCAUGACUGGCAAUUGUUUUGGUUCAGCAGGUGUAGAUAUAACAUUCUUGGGGGUUCUUAGUAUACAGCAUCUCCCUGGAAAACUGUUGAACGUUUUAUUGCCCAGUUAAAUUUUGCUGUUGUUGUACUAUAUAUAGUUCCUUGUCUUUGAUGCAAACCCCAUUAAUUUUCUUUGGCAAUAUAAACUCCAUUGUCAUUCAAUUCAGUUCUUAUGAUGAGUAUAAUCCUUUUCAA